GCAUCAGUGUUCAUAUCAUUAAAUAACAGAUGCGGGUGAAAGAUCCAUCAAGAGCCAACCCCGAGAAAGCAAAGAGAAGCAAAAGGCCUAACAGGCCGCAGGAUGAGGACUCCUCAGAUGAUAUUUCAGGCUUAACCUGCCAGCACGUGAGCCAGGCGGUGGAUGUGCAUCAUGUGAAGAGGGCGGUAGCUCAGAGCGUCUGGUCCAUAUGUGCAGAAUGUCUGAAGGAGAGGCGGAUGAGUGAUGGUGAGCCCGUGGCACCUUCAGACAUCUGGCUGUGUCUCAAAUGUGGCUCUCAGGGAUGUAGUAAGAACUCAGAAGGCCAGCAUUCUCUGAAACACUUCCAAACAGCACACACAGAACCUCAUUGCAUUGUUAUCAACCUCAGCACGUGGAUCAUAUGGUGUUAUGAAUGUGAUGAAGAGCUGUCAACACAUUGCAACAAAAAGGUUUUGGCUCAGAUAGUUGACUUUCUUCAGAAGCAUGGUUCCAGGGCUGAACCAAGUUCAUCAAAAAUCAUACGACUCCGUGAAGAAAACAGUGAAACAAGUGAAAUACUGAAAGGAAAAAGUUCUGCUAAUGGUGCAUCAGUUCCAGUUAAAGGAAUAAAUAAUUUAGGAAAUACGUGCUUUUUUAAUGCUGUCAUGCAGAACUUGGCACAGACUCACAUACUAAAUGAAUUGAUGUAUGAGAUGAAGGAGAAAGGAACAAAGUUAAAAAUCUGUCACACUUCAGACUCCCAAUUGGAUCCUUUGGUGGUAAACCUCUCCAGCCCAGGACCCUUGACUUCAGCAAUGUUCCUAUUCCUUCACAGCAUGAGAGAAGCUGGGAAAGGUCCUCUUUCCCCUAAAGUGCUGUUUAGCCAGCUUUGUCAAAAGGCUCCUCGAUUUAAGGGGUUCCAGCAGCAAGACAGCCAGGAGCUUCUGCACUAUCUGUUGGAUGCAAUGAGAAUUGAAGAAACAAAGCGUAUACAAACUGGUAUCUUAAAAGCAUUUAAUAACCCAACUACUAAGACAGCAGAUGAAGAAACUAGAAGAAAAGUCAAAGGCAAUGUUUUUUCAGCGUAUGGAAGAGAGGGUGUGAAGAUGAACUUCAUAGAUAGGAUCUUUGUUGGUGAAUUGACUAGCACUGUCAUGUGUGAGGAAUGUGAAAAUAUUUCAACAGUAAAAGAACCUUUCAUUGAUCUUUCACUUCCUAUAAUAGAGGAGAGGGUUGCAAAACCUGUGCCUUUGGGAAGAACAGGUAAAGGUAAAAGUGUACAAGAGGCAGAUCUUGCUCAGUAUAACUGUUCUUCUAUCCCUACACUGAAUAAUCAACCCAAAAUUGUCAAGAAACACACUUUAACAAAAGAUAAGAAUCAGUUGAACCAGGAGAGACGGCUUGCCAGAAAAGCCUCCUCUCAUGAAGAAGAACAAAGCCCCGUUAUCAUGCAGGAAAAAAACAAAAAGCUGGAGGUGGAAGGUAGCUCUGGCAUCCCCUGCUCCAAAGACACAGGUGCUGACUGGGCUGUGAACGGCAGCCAGACAGAGGGCAGCGAGAAGGAAGCCACCCGCUCCGAGAGCAGCUUCGACGCAGACAGUGAAGCCUCAGAAAGUGAAAGUGCCUCGAAGCACACAGCUCUCAGCCCCUCCAGCAACGUGUCUGGUUUGCACAGCAACCACGUAAAUGCCAAAACACCGCACAACAAACCCAGCGAGGGGAACGACGAGGUGAUUUCCAGUGCCAUGUCCAAACUCAGCUUCUGCGAUACUAUAAAGGAAGAGAAAAAAAUGAGCCGCGGGGACCCGGCGUUAGGUUUAUCCAACAAUUCCGUCUUCUCGGUAGACAAAUCCCCACUGUCCCAAAACCCUCAAAACGCUUUCCAGACGCUUUCCCAAAGCUACAUAACUAGCUCAAAGGAGUGUUCUGUUCAGUCCUGCCUUUACCAGUUCACCUCUGUAGAGCUCCUGAUGGGGAACAACAAGCUUUUAUGCGAGAGCUGCACAGAAAGGAAACAGAAGUAUCAGAAGAAAACCAACUCCACAGAAAAGAAAAUGGACGGUGUCUACACAAAUGCUCGGAAACAGCUGCUGAUUUCUUCAGUUCCUGCUGUUCUUGUUCUCCAUCUGAAAAGAUUCCACCAGGCUGGUUUGAGUCUACGGAAAGUAAAUAGGCAUGUGGAUUUCCCACUGAUUUUAGACUUAGCACCAUUUUGUUCUGCAUCUUGUAAGAACGUGACGGAUGGUGCAAGAGUGCUGUACAGCCUGUAUGGAAUAGUGGAGCACAGCGGGUCCAUGCGAGGUGGUCAUUAUGCAGCGUAUGUGAAAGUCAGGACACCCUCCAAGAAAUUGCUAGAGCAUAUUUCUGCCACUAAAAGCGUUCUGGGUUUAAAGGAAGCCAUGGGAGCAUCAGGAGGACAGUGGGUGUAUGUUAGUGAUGCCCACGUUCAGAUGGUUCCAGAAUCAAGAGUACUAAAUGCACAAGCAUAUCUACUUUUUUAUGAAAGACUAUUACUAUAAUUCUCCACAGUUUAAUUUAAAAGAUGAUAGUGGUUAUUUAGUUUAUCUUAUUUAAAGCUGCAGUGGUAAGAGUACCUGUAAAUAUUGUGCCUUUAUCUUGUAGAGAAUUUAUCGUAUGUCGACUCUGAAGUUCAGUCACGCGAUUAUAUAAAUACCUGAAUGGUUCUCUUAAAGUAUGCACUUUGCCAAACAUGUAAAAUUCCUGGAUUCAUUAAAAUACAGUACCGUUAGAAUGUAAGAUGACGUCCUAUCCUACUGAGGUCUAUGGAAAAGUUUGCUCUUGAUUUUAAUAAGCUUUCACCUGUUGUUCUAGAACAGUUGAGAAUAAAAAUGCUGAUAGCGUUAAGUGCCUGGAUUUGCUGGUGUACAGUAAGAAUAUCAAGUAUUUCAACUUUUUGGGGUCUAGUCUGGAUCCUUCCUGCUGCUGGGCUGGAUGUCAGCUAUUCAGGAUUUCUGCAGAGAAGAACCUGUACAAAUCAUGCCACUUCCAGGCGUAGUGGUUGGAGAGCACAGCACUUCCAGAGCGUUUGAGUAACAGCAGCUGGGGGUUGCUGAGGUGCCUUUUCCCAACAGAGCAGGGAAUAGCCUGGGAGAUGGGGGCUCCCACAGAGAGACAGUGGAUCUUCAGUCCCCAGUCCCCCCUCAGCCGUCUCCAACUGGCACUGGUAUAGCAAUGUACUCCUCUUUUAAUAUAAAUAUAUACUCAGUGUGCAUACGUAUAUCCUCUGAGGUAUAGAUAUAUAUAUGCACACCAUAAAUCUGUCAAUAUAUAUUGUCAUUUUACCUACUAGGAAAGAGAAUUGCAAAUACUUCUGUAUUUAGUAAAUUUUCAACUUCAUAACGAUGACGACGUACAGCGUGUAAGCUUGUGUAUGAGUACCUACGGGGUUUACGUGUAACCGGGCAAUUCUGUUACUUCUGCUUCUAAACAUGAAUUUGUUUAUCUGUUCCUGGAUACUUUUCUCACAGGAGUAAUAAACUAUAAAUUAUUUUUGCA